CGAAUGCCAAGAAAACAAAACAUUUCAAUUUUCAAAAGGUUAUAGAAAACUAAAUUAACUAAUUUAUAUCAGCUUAUAUUAAAUAUAUUUAAAUACAAUGACGUGUGGAACAUGUCGGGGUCACAAGGAGAAGAGUGUGAAGUGUCUUAUAGCCGCAUUGGACACGAUCAAACAGCACGCUUUAAUGAUGCAGAGGGAUUCGGAGGAGAGUGCCAAGGCAAUAGAAAACCUGAAGGCCCAUAAUGAAAAGCUGCACAAGGCGUUGGAGUUGUUAAAAGAGCGCCAAGAAUCCAUGAUUCACGCUCAGAAGCGCAGGAAACUGUCGCCCAAGAAGAUCAAAGACGACAUAUCCCCUCAGCCCCAAAGUCAAAACUCCCUGAACAUGAACAUAGCCCUUAGCAGUAUCGAUCUCUCGGACGAGGAUCAGGAAAUGGAGGAGGAUGAGAGCAUUGCGGAAUCGGAGAUCACUGCCCAAAGCCCGCGCAAACUGAGGCUACACAGACGGAAGCUGGACAUCCAGAACCUUGAGAAUGUGCAGCCAAACAAUGUUUCUGCCACGGGCAGCAGUUGGAUCCGUAAGACACCCAAGAAUCCGGGAGUCGUCACCAAGCUGUCACUCACGCACAAAAAUGGCAACUCCCACUUCAAACAAACUCGCCUAAAAUUUGAAGCAAACAAAACUAGCACUUGUGAACAGGAUGUUAUAGAGGAAAGCCCCAAUCUAAGCGCCAGCCUGAAGAGAUCUCGGCCACCACGAUCCCUAAUGCAGAGCCAAGCUUGCAGAACAGACACCGCGACCGUUUCAAGCGCAGACGACUCGCUUACAACCAGCAGCAGUAGCAUAAUUAAGAUCAGCAAGGCCAGUUUUGAGAUGGAUAUGGAAGAAUUCAAAUUGGAUAGCUCGGAGCUUCCGACCAUGCCGCCACCAGCAACCCCUCCAGGCUUAAGGAUCAACUGCACCUCGGAUAGCGUGGUCAUUCUAACUCCUGCUACCCAGGAUAUAAUCUUCGUGAACGAUACCCCCGAAGAAGUGAUUAAAAUGGGAACGAUGGAUGUGUUGGCUGAGAUUAUGAGGGACGACGAUGACGCUUGCUCGAACGCUUUGAGACAGUUCGAAAUGAAAAUGAUUGACCAGCAGAAGAAUAUUCAACCGAAACCCCCAAAAGUGGAAACUGCUACUCCACUUACCAAAGCUGUGAAAAGUGAACCCGUAUCCCAACCAGAGGCUGAUAUGGCCAAUGAGUCAACGAAAAUGCCUCAGGAUAUUGAAAAGUACCUAGUAGACAUCAAAGAAGAGGAUAGCAAGGAUUCGGAGGAAGAGUUUCCGCGACCCCUUUUAGUGAAAAAAGAACCUGCAUUGACAGUCAAAGAACGUUUCAGCAUUGAAUGCGAGGAAUGCGAAAAGUUUAUUAAUUUUAUGGGCUCAAACCUGACAGAUGAGAAGAUUGAAGACUAUUUGGCCAACUGCAAGCACGUUGACCCAAGAAGCUCGACACCACCGGGAUUCUGGAAUCCCCACAUGGUUUCCUUUGCCGAAGACGAUCCCCGCAACGAAGUUUUGAUAGACACUCGGUUUAGAGACCAGCGUUUAAACAAAUGACAUUUAGGGAAUAUUUGUUAUUCUGUUUAACGCAUUUCAUUUAAUAUGAUUGUUUAUUAUUACAUAUUUGUUUCACAAGUUA